UAUUAUCUACAAACAAGGAUUAUGGCUAUUCGUGAACAUGGAAUCAUGAUCUUCUUUAUUUAUUCAGGCACGAAUCUCAGCUUGAUGCCAGUGGGAUAGAGAUGGAUGGAUGGAUGGAUGGUGGGCUCUUUCUGAUGUUUGGUAAGUGAUGGUCAUUUGAAAAAAAAAUCUCAACAUAUGAAAAAUAACCAAACUUUUUAUCAAUUUAUAGAAAGAGUAAUAUGGAAUCAACGCCUUUAUUAUAUGAUUGACUUAAUAUUGGAAUUUGUUUGUUGAUUUUUGAAGGAUUAAUGAAAAUCUGACUGACUUGUUGAUGAUUCUAGUUUUUCGUUCACGAUGAUCGAUAUUGAUAGGCCAAAAUGAUUUCUCACUUUUUUUUGUUGUGGAUCAUCUGAUUGUCAUGGAAUUGAUGUGAUCAUUAUUGAACUAGCAAUGAUUCAAUCAACAUCAUGAGUAUGAAUUGGUUUCGACCGUGGCAAGUUGAUGAUGAUGAGCCACUUGGAUCAGAUGAACUACAACAACAACAAUCAACAUCAACAGCAGCAAAACAAGAGCAAAACGAGAAUGUCAUUUUGACCCAAUCGAAUUAUGGAUUCUAUUACAAUUAUUAUUACAAUCAACUUUUAUCAUUCUAUAAUAAUUAUUCAUUAUUCACCAACCAUGAUAAUGAUUUGAUCGCAAACAAUCCAACCGACAAUUUGACCAUCUUACCAUCAUCAUCAUCGCCAUCUGCAGUUGAAGAUUUGGCUAAAAAGAAUGGGCAACAAAUCAACAAGGAACGUGUAAAAAAAUUCGUUUGCCUUGAAUGCAAGAAUCGAUUCACUAAUCGUAGCCAAUUGAAUAGCCACAUUCGAACUCAUACAGGUGAACGGCCAUUUGUAUGUGAUUUUGCCGAUUGUCGCAAAUCAUUCACACGGAAUGAAGAAUUGACCAGACAUCGACGUAUUCAUAGCGGUAUUCGACCAUAUCAAUGUCGAACUUGUCACAAACGAUUUGGUCGCAAAGAUCAUCUUAGCAAACAUGAACGGACUCAUCAACGAUGACUGUUGAAUACUAUUUUCAAUGGAUAAAUUAAUAA